AUGAAUUAUUCUAUUGAAACCAUUAACCCUCAUAAGGAACAGACAUUGCCUUCUAAUUCCUUUUUCGACUUACAAAGAGCAGCAGUUAUCAGAGAUAGUCCUUCUAUUCGACUAAGAAGAGCAGUAAAAGAGGGCAACAUUGCUGCAGUAAAACGAUUAUUGAAAAAAGUAACAAAUAUUCAGAAUCCUGAUCCAGAAACAGGCUGUACAACACUCAUGUAUGCAGCACAAUAUGGUCACGUGGAACUGGUAGAAUUACUUUUAGAAUUAGGACAUGAAGAAGAAGUAAUCUCGGUUGAUAAUGAGGGGAUUACAGUUUUAAUGAUUGCUGCCAUGUACAACCAUGAAGAAAUUUUCUUUUUAUAUGUAAGUAAAUACCCAGAAUGUAUUCAUGCUAUUAGUAAAAAUGGAUGGACUGCCUUAUUAUAUGCCGCACAAAAUGGAAAUGCAAACCUUGUCAGUUACCUUUUAUCUAUAUCAGCAGAUUAUGAUCAUGUAGAUAAUGAGGGAAACUCUGCUUUACAUUAUGCUUCUGCAUGGGGUCAUGUUACUGUUAUGGAUUUAUUGAUUUCCGAAGGAUGUAAUGUCGAUCUUGAGAAUAAUGAACAUUUAACUGCAUUUGAUUAUGCCUACAGUAAUGCAGUACAAGAACAUCUUAAAGAAAUGUCACAAGCUACAUUUAAUGAUGACUCUACAAUAUCUGCAUCUUCUUCACGUCAACAACAACAUACAAAUAAUUUUUUUGCUAGUAAUAUAACAAAUUCGCGUGGUACUUCUUAUGCUGGUUAUGAAAGUCCUAUUCCUUGUGCAUCUACUUCUUCUUCUUCUCUUGUAAUACCUCCACCACAAGAAGGAUCAUUAGCUGCAAGUCCUCGUGGAUCAAAUCAAAUUGUAAGUGGUAGUCCUUCUUCUGGAUACUCUGAGUUAUUAGAAAGAAGAAGAGCAAGUAGUUUUGGUGACACAAAAUCAAAAAGGACAUAA